GGGUUUGUUCUUCUCCUAGGACUGUUGUAGUCGAGGCGCCAGCGAGCAGCUAGCUAACGUUAGCCGGCUUGUUCGUGCCCAGCGCGGCUAGCGGCAGGUCGGGUGUUGGUGCGAGGGCCAGUGGAGCCAGCGCAGACAAAAAGAUACCUUCCUAUUGUCGAAACAAAGUCCCGGGGAACUCGUUGUUGGCGCCCACUCCCACGGCGACAGCCAAUGGAAGAACCGCACGUCCGCGUAGUCUUUUGAUUAGCAUUAGCAAUUGUUAGCGCUCGCUGUCUCUUUUGCUAGCAACCUAAGCUAAGCUAAGCUAACCAACGCCACUGGCGAACGCACUGUCGUGUUUAAGUACACCUCUGCCUCCACCUGGUUAUCGCACACUUGUAUUUGCGGCACACGAGUCUAACGGUCAACGUGUGCCACACCCGGACUAACGAAUCGUGCCAAAGCGUCACUUAGUAUAAAAAAGAAGAAGCUACCACUAGUUCAAGCUGUGUCUUCGAGUAACGUAGAGUCAAUGGCCUAGUCGUAACAGGCCAGUUAGCAAGCCCCAGGUCUGAGAGCAAAAGACGUCGCACAGAUGAACAGAUCGCUCUCUUUAUGUUUCACUGGCACAUUGUUAAGCGUUUGCUUUUCCCUUCAACUGUUUAUAUAGAGCUACAACCACGCUCCAUCUUAAAUAAUGCACUUCGGGCUCCUUGCAUCCUGUUGCCAUGCAGUUUUAAUGCUAGAUGAGUGAGGUGGGUGUGGCUUCCCACCAGCCCGACCAUCCUGACUGACGGAUCUCUGGAUGACCUUGUCCCCACCCCUGUCCCUGCGCUCACAUACACCACAGCAAUGUCACAUCUGCCCAGCAGCUCAGUCCGCGACCAUAUGAAAUGGGCGGGGCUGCUUGGCUGCGAAGCUGUCCUCUCCAGUAUGGCCCUGAUGCAGGCCAGCUCCAUGGCUGCUCCGCCCAAAAAAAUGAUGGCUCCACUCGGCCAUGGACCACCGCAGAGAGACGGACCUGACCGUGGUCCCCAGAGCCAUAUGAUCCUCCCCUCUGGAAUGAGCUGUCCACCCCUGCUUAUCCGGAAGGAAGGUGACUUCCAAGCCCCACGCCUGCUGGAUGAGAAGGAGAUGAGAGCCAAUGAGGACAUGCAGCAGAAAAAAAAGAACAGGAAAUCAGUGACGCCCUGUAAAGUGAGAGAACAAGAAGGAAGGGGAGGGAAGGGCACAGGUGGAGAUGAGAACGGACCAUCGUCCAAAGUGCAGAAAAACUUUAUUUGUGAUCAUUGUUAUGGAGCAUUUAGGAGUGGAUACCACCUGAAGAGACAUAUCCUCAUUCAUACAGGGGAGAAGCCGUAUGCUUGUGCCGUAUGUGACAUGAGGUUUAUUCAGCGUUACCACCUGGAGAGACACAGCCUCAUUCACACGGGGGUGAAGCCGUACGCUUGUUCCAUGUGUGACAUGCGGUUUUUCCAGCGUUACCACCUGGAGAGACACAGACUCACUCAUACGGGGGUGAAGCCGUACGCUUGCUCCAUGUGUGACAUGAGGUUCUUCCAACGUUACCAUCUGGCAAGACACAGCCUCACUCAUACUGGGGUGAAGCCAUACGCUUGCUCCAUGUGUGACAUGAGAUUUUUCCAACGCUACCACUUGGCAAGACACAGCCUCACUCACACGGGGGUGAAGCCAUAUGCUUGCUCCAUGUGUGACAUGAGGUUUUUCCAGAGAUACCACCUGGCAAGACACACUCUCACUCAUACGGGGGUGAAGCCAUACGCUUGCUCCAUGUGUGACAUGAGGUUCUUCCAGCGUUACCAUUUGGCAAGACACAGCCUCACUCAUACUGGGGUGAAACCUUAUGCUUGUACCAUGUGUGACAUGAGGUUUAUACAACGGUACCAACUGGAACGACACAGUCUCACUCAUACAGGGGUGAAGCCGUACGCUUGCACCAUGUGUGACAAGAGGUUUUUUCAGCGCUACCACCUGGCGAGACACAGCCUCACUCAUAUGGGUGUGAAACCUUAUGCUUGCACCAUGUGUGACAUGAAGUUUUUUCAGCGUUACCACCUGGCGAGACACAGCCUCACUCAUACGGGUGUGAAACCUUAUGCUUGCACCAUGUGUGACAAGAGGUUUUUUCAGCGCUACCACCUGGCGAGACACAGCCUCACUCAUAUGGGUGUGAAACCUUUUGCUUGUACCAUGUGUGACAUGAGGUUUGUUCAGCGUUACCACCUGGCGAGACACAGCCUCACUCAUACGGGUGUGAAACCUUAUGCUUGCACCAUGUGUGACAAGAGGUUUUUUCAGCGCUACCACCUGGCGAGACACAGCCUCACUCAUUUGGGUGUGAAACCUUUUGCUUGCACCAUGUGUGACAUGAGGUUUGUUCAGCGUUACCACCUGGCGAGACACAGCCUCACUCAUACGGGGGUGAAGCCGUAUGCUUGUUCCAUGUGUGACAUGAGGUUUAUUCAGCGUAACCACCUGGAGAGACACAGCCUCACUCAUACGGGAGAGAAGCCAUUUGCUUGUGACAUGUGCGAUAUGAGGUUUAUCCAGCGCUACCACCUUGAGAGACACAAGCGUGUCCACAGUGGGGAGAAGCCGUACCAGUGUGAACGGUGCCAGCAGAACUUUUCUCGGACAGACCGGCUGUUGCGGCAUCGGCGGUUGUGCCAGGGUCGCAAUGUAGCCAAAGUAGAGAACCAGCCGUGCUGCGAUCCACGUCCAUAUGGCCAAGAGCCCCCGCCCGCACCCCCAACCUGGAGUCCCCUGCACCCCCCCCCAGGCCGGCUGGCGGUCUGACAUUCCACCUUCCCUACAUCCACCACACCGCUAGAGAAGGGACGAGCCACAGGGUUUCUUGUUCUCGGCUCUGUGCUUAGUGGCACCACACUCUAGCACAGACUGAUGUUGCAGCUUCAGUCCUGGGAUUACUAAUGACAGAGGGACAUUUGUGUUUUUGUUUUGUUGACUUUUUACCGUGUUUCCUUUUUCUUCCCCGUUUUUUUUUUUUUUUUUUUUUUAAAGACAAGACUUUUCUGUGAUGAACAGUGGUCCUCUUUUGUACUUAAUCUAUUUGAUUUUUGCAAAAAGGAAAAAAAAAGUUUUUAUUAUUGUUGAAAUAUAUCUGCAUUUGGUGGUACUCUGACAGGGCAGUGGGUUAUUGUUUAUCCUGACGUCUUAGCAACAAAAUGGGAUGAAGUGGUGAGUGGAAAGUAUUUGAGCUUCUGUCUAAGUUUUCCAUAUUUGGCCCAUUUUGAUGCAAAUGGAUUGGCACUUAGGUUCAAAUGAAAACUGAACUUCCCUUCAAGGUAAAAGGAGGAAGCUACUGUGUUGAGAUCUCACCAGGACCAGAUUUGGCGUUGAGCUUUAGAACAUUUCACUUGAAGCAGUGUCUGGUCUUGAUGUGACGUGCAACAACAAGGUGUCCUGGACUUCAUCACCACAGGAGAUAACAGUUCUGACGAUUACUUUGUGUAAAUAAUUGAAAAUGUUGAAUAUUAUUUCACCAUGGGACUUGAGUGGUGAUUUGAAAUGCACAAAAUGGGCCAGAAAGAAAUAGAAAAAAUGAAUUUGGUUCAAACACAGUCUGUUCCCACUGUUUCAGUGAUUAUUUAAAGAAAAAUAUCAGACAGUGCUACAUUACUGUAAACCAGGUCUUCCAAGACGUGGACGAUGAGAUGUCAACCUGCAGUUGAGUAGUUGUGUCAGACGUGAAGCGUCGGGUCACAGGAGAUUCACCUGUGCACCUCGUGUUCUGUGUUAUGCUAAUGACUCAGGAAGUGGCACAAGAUGGCAGCCUUAAUGAGUCCUCCUCUUUGAGUUAUGCUUUUGUUCUUACAGGAUAUUUUUUCCGUAUGUACCGAGAUUGCCAGUCUCCCACCUCUGUCCAUAGGUCUUGGUCUAAAGUAGUGCAGGUUGGCCACUUGAAAGUCCCAUUAUGUUGUUUGUACAGAUUCUCACCUUGUGAGAUUAGUGGAGGUAUACAGAAUCUCGUGGCCUUAGUGUUCCUUUUUCUUUUCUUUUCUUUUGCCUUUUUCUUAACUGUUUACUAUUGUGGAUCAGAUGUAUUUACUAAGACGACACAGCCUUCAUCAUUAUGGUUUGUGGGGGUUUUUUUUAGGUUUUUUUAUAAAUCUUAAAGCUGUCAUGGUUACAGAUUGUUGAUGGCUUCAGUGGCGCUAAAAAGACUAACGCGUUCUCCCGUCGAGGGAGGUUAUCGCCAUGAUGGUAAUGAAUAGUUUGGGUCAUGUUACACGGUGUAUAAUCCUAGAGGAGCCCUCGGGAGGCGGACGGUCCCUGUGAUAAGUCGGUAGUGCUAAAUUUGUUUCCCACUGCAGUGCUUCGGUCGGUCACAGGUCGCCGCAGAUUCAACACUUGCUUGACUCUGCUUCACACUAAAAAUUGCCUUUUUAUCCAAAUACUAUGUGGUUGGUGUGUAAUAAUGGAUGUCUGUCAUGUCAUUGGGUUUAGCCUUAAGUAAGUGCAGAUACACGAGUAAUCAUUGUAGUACUAAAUGAUAUUGUAACGAACAAUUUCUUUUUGGGGACGAUGAACUGUGUUCGUACUGUGUGGAAGGUCUCUGACGGUCAGGCAGCAGAGAGACGGUUGAUCAGAGCCACUGUGCUGCCUGUUGAGGAGUUUCUCAAACUUGAUCCCCUCUGUGACUUAGUGACGGCGUCGUCUGAACCAGGCGGUUUAACCCCGAGCACAGUGACGGGCGGGAGGAUUAGUCGACAAGGCCCCGGACAUAUAUCUGCAUAUCAAGACACACCUGUUCUUUGAAGCCACAGCGAGUAACGGACUGAAAAGCGUUUAGGAUGAUUUCAGGGGACUGCGGUUUGAUUUGAAUUCCACAUUUUUAUUUUAUUUUUUAUGUUUUAAGGUUUCGGACAAGACAACGUGGAGAUGGAAUCCCAGAGUACUUUAUUUAGUCUUUGAUUUGUAGGAUGAACAGAUGUUUGUUUGAUAAAAAAAAAAAAGUUUCAGAUUUCUGAGUUUAGGGAUUUCUUUUUCUUCUUUUUUAAACCAAAAGUAUUUUUGGGAAGAUUUUCUUUUAACGGCCCUUUGAUAUCAAGGCAAAGUUGUGUGACAGUUGAAGUGGACAUUCAGUUUUAAGUGACUUGGCAGGACAAAGUAAAACCCCCAGCUGCAGCAAAGGGGCCAAGUUUGAGAAAUGCUUUAAGUUGCUCUGCAAACACAGCUCCGACUCUGCGGAAGGGAUACUGCUGGCACGAGCUCAUACCGGACAUGGCUAAAGGGCAAUACAGUAUAUAGUUGACAUCACUUGUUAAUACCUUUUUUUGUCAUUUAUUGUUUUUUAGUAUUAUCAAUCUCAUUGUUAAAACGCAAUAGAAUCCUUGGGUCUCAGAUCAUUUGUUUAUAAGACUGAGGUUUGAUUUUUCAGACGGAUCAAAGGAUUUUUUGUCUGAGAAUUUCUCAUCACAUUUUGAUGAUUGUGUCAAGGACCUUUUUUUUUAUUCUGAUGAAAUUGUAAACACUGGAGUGAAAGGAAAAAAAAAGACAAAAAAGAGAUGGAUAUUUUUUCCUUCAGACUGUACUAGACUUUAGGUUUUAGACAAAGCCUAUUUCUCCUCAACGUGACACAGAAUGUGGACAGAACAAUUUGGAUCAGUACAGUUGAGAGCCCAGUAUGUUUUAACAUUAGAGGUGAUAGUCCCACAAGAAAAUGUUUUUUUUUCUUAUACAAAGUCCCUGGUAUUUGUAGUAAAUUAUAUUGAUAAUGGUAUUAGAUGAACAACAGCAUAACAGUAGCUAUCACAGAUUAGUUGUUUUCUUUAUUAGUCUUGCAUGCAGAGUUAUGGUCCUCAGUUAAGAUAGGAUCUUGAUAUUGAUUAUUUUGUGUAGGAAAAUGAGUGCAUAAGAAUAACUUCCUAAAAAAAUGUUACAUUGAUUAUUGUAAAAAUGGGCUAACUAAUAUGUACCCUUGUGAUCCAAUUAGUUAAAACCAUAUGAAAAUCAGAGGAGAGGCUUAUUAUUAUGCUGAAAUAAAAGAAUUUGUAAAGGA